AUGACCGCAGUCGCGGUAGUACCCGCUUACGGCCAAUGCGGAGGAAGUGGUUGGACAGGAGCGGCUGCACCAUCUUCGACCGCUACCACUGCCUCGUCUACUAGGGCUACGACUUCAACCGCGAAACCCUCGACUACGGCUGCACCUUCGAACACUCCCGCUCCGCCCGCAGGGAUCACUACUACACUCCCCGCCUCCGCCGGAUACACCGCUCUCCCUACAGCUAGCAUCAUCACCGGCUCUUUCGACGGGCACAUGGUUAAAUUUGAUCGCAAAGGAAGCAGCGGCGAUUGUGAAGAACAGACCGAAACAGGUGAAGAGGAUGCAGUCUUCAUCCUCGAAUCUGGUGCAUCAAUCUCCAACGUGAUCAUCGGGAAAGCCCAAGCAGAAGGUAUACAUUGCCGAGGGCCUUGUACUGUGACCAAUGUGUGGUGGGAAGAUGUCUGUGAAGACGCUAUUACGAUCAAGCAAACGGGUGCCGGCGAUGUUUCCACUAUCAACGGUGGUGGCGCCUUCCACGCCGAAGAUAAAAUCGGUAAACUCUACCGUGCAUGUGGGAACUGUGCCACAUCUCACGAGAGGCAUGUCCAGGUCGAUAACGUUUGUCUCAAGGACGGAAAGGAGGGCACGGGUAUCAACAGCAACUGGGGAGAUACUGCUAUCCUCACCAACAUCAAGACCAGCAGCAAGCCAUCUGCUGCUAAUGUGUGCUGUGCAUACAAAGGCGUGGCGAAAGGCUCGGAGCCUCCUAAGAUUGGAUGGUAA